CGCCGUGGAGCGGCAUUAUCGUCGAACACCCACAACUGGUCAACAUGAGCGGAAGAGGCAAAGGAGGAAAAGGACUCGGGAAAGGAGGCGCCAAGCGUCACCGUAAAGUUCUCCGUGACAACAUCCAGGGCAUCACCAAGCCCGCCAUCCGACGUCUGGCUCGGCGCGGCGGCGUGAAGCGAAUCUCCGGCCUGAUCUACGAGGAGACCCGCGGUGUCCUCAAGGUGUUCCUGGAGAACGUGAUCCGUGACGCCGUCACCUACACCGAGCACGCCAAGAGGAAGACCGUGACCGCCAUGGACGUGGUCUACGCUCUGAAGAGGCAGGGCCGAACUCUGUACGGGUUCGGCGGUUAAACACG